AUGGCCGCUGAAAUCGCUCUCGCUGCCCUCGCAACACUACCCACCCCUCUGCUGGUCCUCUCCUCCUUGAAGACCGUCAUCAUGGCCAAUAAUGCCAUAGGGCUGUUACUUGGACUUGAACAACAUGAUCCACAGUUGACAAUCACCGACCUGUUGAGAAAUCAGACCUUGUCGCAAAUUGGCAUUGACAUGGUUUCCGAUGGCGCACCCAUCUGGGUCAGUUGGGACAAGUUUCUAGACAAUGUUGCGACUGGCUUCUCGCACGCUUCCGAGGAAUCUACCUCUCCAGGUGACUUCCUCCCAGGUAUCGCAAGCGGCGAGACGACCCCGACAGCCAUCCCAGAACAGCCGAGAGGUCGUACUCCCAUGAGAAGGAGAACCCACAAAACUCAAGAUACAGUUGUCGAUGUGGUCUUCUCCUUCAGAGCGAGUCACUCCCAUGCACGCCUUCCUUCUAAUACGCAAUCACAGGCUCGGAAUUCCCCAAUACGAGCUUCAUGUCGCAUGAUCAUUUCCAUCUGGUCGUUAGACACUGAACGUUUCUUCACUCUAAGUUUCACCAGCCCGCCCGAUCCCAGUCGUUCGAGUCACCAUCGACACAAUAAUCAGGCUCGACCGUCACAACGGACACCAUCCUCCCAUUCUACCAAGUCCUCUCGUUCCUCUCAAUCCCAAACCCCGAGUUCUUCCACCUCAAAUUCUCAAGUCAACUCCCCUGCUGAACAUGUCCUUGGCGCUUUCCCACCUACCAGUUCUUCUGCCCAGUGUCUUCCUCCACCAACAGUUACCGAUUUUCAGAAGAUCGUGAAGAUGAAGAAUGCUAUGCUGAAUGCCAUCGACAUUCCACUGAUCACAGUCUGGCGCGACGAGAGUGUCGUAUUUCCAAAUAAAGCUGCCAGGAAGUUGUUGGCUGUAGAGGCCGAUCCCACUUCUGACGUAAGUUACGAUUUCAAAUCCCGUUUCGCCCCAUGGUCCUCCGACUUUUCGCAUGAGCUUGCCGAAGAAGAUAAUCCCAUUGUCACUCUUUGUCGUACCCAGAAACCAUUUUCUUGUUGGAAGGUGGGGAUGAUCGACCAAGGGACGACAAAGAGAUCUACCUUCGAUGUGAGCGGUCAUCCUGUAUUUGAUGAAAAGUCUGGUGACUUCUUGGGCGGUCUGAUGGUUUUCAAAGAUUCCACAGAAUAUACAGAGAAGAUUGCCUCACAAUCAGCUCAAAACGAGGAGCAAUUUCGUCUCAUCUGCGAAACAAUGCCGCAGAUGCUGUGGACCACCCGUCCCGACGGUUUCCAUGAUUACUUCUCACAACGAUGGUAUGACUAUACUGGUUUAACACCAGGCGAUAGCAUAGGUCUAGGCUGGAAAUUACCCUUCCAUAAAGAGGACAUGCCAGAGACCAGCCGUAAAUGGAUGCAUUCACUGGCCACCGGAGAGGAAUACAGGGUACAAUACCGGUGCAGGAGGUACGAUGGAGAAUGGAGAUGGAUGCUCGGCCGUGCCUCGCCUCUGAAGGAUCACAAAACUGGGAAGAUCCUUAAAUGGUAUGGUAGCUGCACUGAUAUUCAAGAGAUCAUUGAUGCCAAACUAGCCGGUCAACAAGCACGCCAGAAUUUGCUCGAUGUCUUGAGACACUCUCACAUGAGUUUAUGGAUCAUCGAUCGUGAACAAAAGGUUACAUUCUUCGAAGGGGGUUUUCUUGAUAAUGAGAGCACCCCUGCUGGAAAAAUUGGGAUGUCAAUCUAUGAUUUGCUAGCCAACUUUCUCGACCCGAAUUCUACCUCGGAGUUUGAAGAUGCCGUUGGACGAACAUUGUCAGGAGCGUCCGAUCUGGAAGUUUGCGAGAACAAAGUCAAUGAGCGAUGGUUCCGGUCCAAGCUAGUUCCACUCAGAAGAAAAUGGGGUCCCAAUGGUGCCGAAGACGAUGAUUCCGUUGUGGGGGUCAUUGGCAUUGGUACCGAAGUCACUCAGAUGCGCCAGAAAGAGCAGGAGAAUAUUAAGCUGCUGGCUAACGAGGGGGCAGCAAAGGCAGCAAGCAAAAUGAAGAGCAACUUCUUGGCGAACAUGAGCCACGAGAUUCGAACUCCAAUUGCAGGCGUUCUAGGAAUGUCAGAGUUGUUAAUGGACACGGUCCUCGACAGCGAGCAGAGCGAAUUCGCUCAAAAUAUCCAACGAUCUGCAAAUUCCCUCUUAACAGUCAUCAACGACAUUCUCGACUUUUCCAAAAUUGAGUCAGGCCGCCUCGAUAUAGAAGAGGUCCAAUUUAGCUUAGGCGUCUUGUUGCGCGACGUUAGCAAGAUGCUCUCCUUUGCCGCCCAGCGAAAAGGAUUGGACUUCGAGAGUGACGUCCAUUUGGGUCCGUCUGAUGACGUUAUUCUACUUGGUGACCCAGGACGAAUACGGCAAAUCUUAACCAACUUACUCACCAACAGCAUCAAAUUCACCUCUGACGGAUUUGUGAGAAUGAGUGCUCGUGUUGUAAGCGACACAGAUGAAACCACUCUUAUCGAGUUCACAGUGGAAGACACGGGCAUAGGCAUUGAGGAGGAAGUCAAGAAACGACUUUUCAGACCUUUCAGUCAAGCAGAUUCAAGCACAGCCAGACGGUUCGGUGGCACAGGCCUUGGAUUGACUAUAUGUAAAAAUCUUGUGGACUUGAUGCGUGGAUCCAUCCAAUUGGAUUCCAAAUUGGACGCGGGGACAAAGGCAAUAUUUUCCAUACCAUUUAAGAAGGUUGAGUACAGGACUGGAACUAGCGCUGCAUUGCUUGAGGUGGGCAGUAUGCCGGAUCGGCUACAGUCUGAGCUUUCCUUAUCAAUGGACGGAUCAGCAAAUGAGGAGAGCAGAAAGUCCUCCAGAAUAUCUCCACCCCUAAAGCCUCCUGGAUUUCAGAACUCCAAACCAUCUAUUGGUGCGCCUGCCCAACAGGUCAUUUUGAACCCGCCUAUCGAAGAGCAGAUCGAUCGUGGAAAUUUUCACAUCCUCGUUGUUGAAGACAAUCCUGUCAAUCAACAAAUUGCUCUCAGAUUCAUUAAAGCCCUCAAAUUCUCGGUUAGUGCAGUCUGGAAUGGCAAGGAGGCGUUGGAAUACCUUUUAAAGGCCACUUCUUCAGACUUGACGGCAGAACAAGCUAAGAGCUACCCCAUUCCCUCGCUUGUAUUGAUGGAUGUACAAAUGCCAGUACUCGACGGAUAUCAUGCUACCCACAUGCUCAGGCACCAUGCUCCGUUUACGACCAUACAAGCAAUCAACCAGAUCCCAAUAGUCGCGAUGACCGCUUCCGCCAUCCAGGGUGAUCGAGAAAAGUGUGAGAGGGCGGGAAUGGAUGACUACAUGGCCAAGCCCGUGAAAAGAUCAACUCUCGAGACAACCAUUCUGAGAUGGAUCAAAAGCGGACGCUCUCUUAAGGAGGUAGCAGAAACCGAGAAGCCCCCUCUUGCAAUGUCCGCAACAGAUCAUUCUUCUGACUGUGCAGCACACGAUGCUAUCGCCGCCGAAUUCCUUGCGGCAAGCUCGGCCACUAAGCCGCAACUGGAACCGAUUUUGGGCCUUGACCAGGACGUUCCUAAUAAUGUCGGCAGAGCUCCAGCCAGGAGAUCGAGUGUAUCUAGGUCUUUAAUGAGUACACAGCUCAGAGGAGGAGAAACUGAGGGCGACCGUGUGAUGUGCAGGGCGGAUGCGGAGGACCAGGCAAGAGAUCUUCGUGAUGCGAAACUGUUUCAAGCCACCGAAAACACAGCAAGCCAAAGGCCAAUAGUCACACUCGGGCCCGGGACACCUCCCAGCUCUGUUGCAUACGACGUACCUAUCAGUCAAUCGGAAGCGAUACAGAUAGGUGCGUCUCCUACUGCCUUGACAGUGGAGAAUGUCACGUACUUCAAUCUUACGCGAGAUGCGGACAUGGACUUACUAACAAGGCCGACCUCUCCAAGUAUCACCUCGAGCCGCAAAUUGAAUGCUUUUUCUGAUAUCCCAGGUCCACCUCCUGAGGGUCUUCUGUCUGCAGUGGAUAUCGCAGGAGUUGACGCGAAUGCUGAAGCUGUGGUUCAGGCUCUCUUGGACGAUGCUCAGCACUCGGCGGCUGCAGACAAAGCACCUCUACAAUUGGGAGCGCCGUCUCCCAGGAACAGGAAAAAUCAUGGCGCAUUGUCUGUGGAUGAUAGACAACAGAGCGACUGGUCGACCAGCACAGCGCGACCAGAGAAGAAGCAUGUCUCAGGCCACGGAUAA